AUGGAUUCAGAGUUUCUACAGUAUGAGUUAGACUAUUAUCCAGUCACUAUUUACCAGUUUAUGUGUGUUCCACUUGCUUUUAUUUUCUACCACCUCUCCAUCACAGGACAUCUUUCUUUAACUGCAAGAUACAUGUUCCUUCUGUUUGGAGGUUUUCUUAUGGCAGCUGUUUCUAUGGGACCCUACACCAUUCUGGUACUCAUACCUGCUGUUCUCUCAGUGAUACUCAUACACUCUCUGGAGCCCAGCAGUGUCCACAAAUGGACCUUCCUCACUCAGAUGACAUGGCAGACCCUCUGCCAUCUUUGGCUACACUACAAAGAUUAUUAUCUUCAAGAAGCUACUGACAUUAAAUUCUUAAUAACACUGUCAAGUCUGAUGCUGUUAACACAAAGAAUAACAUCAACGUCAUUGGAUGUUCAUGAAGGUGAAAUCACAGUUCCAAUUAGAAUUAUGCAGAGAAACCUCCUGGAUUCUGAAUUGCUCCAUGGUUUUCUGUUACAUCUUAGCUAUAUGCUGUAUUUUCCUGCACUAUUUGGAGGGCCUUUGUGCACUUUUAAGAUAUUCAAAAUUCAUGUGGAAAAUCUGAUAAGAACUGAGCAGAAAUGCAUCACCAGUCCUUUGUGGCCAUUUUUUAAAAAGUGCAUAUUAUUUUUUCUCUUGUCGAGGUUGAGAAUGCUUGUAAGAAAUUUUAUCCUUGACCAAGGGCCCCUUCAGUGGAAUGCUCCUAAAGACAUUUUAUUGAUUUGGAUUACAGCUUUAAUGUUCAGAUUAGCAUAUUAUUCACAAUGGCUUCUCAAUGAAUCUCUUAACAAUUUAAUUGGCUUGGGACUGGAAAACAAGAAGACUGAAAAAGCUACACUCUCUGAUACUGAUAUCUGGACACUCGAAACAACCAAUAAGAUAUCUGAACUUGCUCGAACAUGGAACAAAACCACAGCUAAUUGGUUGAGGAGGAUGGUGUUUCAACGCAGGAAAGUUCAGCCUCUGCUGUCAACAUUUGCUUUUUCAGCUUGGUGGCAUGGUCUUCACCCAGGACAGAUCUUUGGAUUUAUUCUGUGGGCUAUCACAGUUCAAGCAGACUAUUAUAUUCAUCGACAUAUGAAUCCUUUUAUUGUGAGAUCAAGACUUCUGAGAUUUUUCUACAAACCUCUGACGUGGGUGCAAACGCAGCUGGUAACUGCAUAUAUUUUGGUAGCUGUGGAACUACGGAGCUUUUCUUGUGUGUUGGUCCUAUGUAAGUCUGCAUGUGCAGUCUGCCCAUUACUGUAUGUACUGUUGCUGAUAUGUAUGCCAAACAUGAAGCAGAAAUUAAAGGUCAUUAUCAAUUUACCACAUGCUUCUUCCAUAUUCACUUAA